GUUCCAAUUCAUCGGGCGCAACUAUGGAUUCUUUAUCUUGUUGUGAUCCUACCCACAUACGCAGGUACACAUUCAUUACUACUGUGCCACCAAUUCAACAUCGUCAAAAGAUAUAUCAGCUGAACUCAAAAAGGGGUUGAUUAUGGCCAACGUUAGCAGCACUCGAGGUCCCCUGCCGGGACCCAAUGGCAAGAUUGAGCUGUACUCGGGACAGUACUAUGCCUCAUGUGCCAUUGGUGGUCUCCUAGCCUGCGGCUUGACCCAUGCCGCCGUCACGCCGCUUGACCUGGUCAAGUGUCGUCGUCAGGUCGAUGCCAAGCUCUAUAAGAGCAACUUGCAGGGAUGGAGCGUCAUCUACCGCGGUGAAGGUAUCCGUGGAAUCUUCACAGGUUGGAGUCCUACCCUUUUUGGCUACUCGGCUCAGGGUGCAUUCAAGUACGGCUUCUAUGAGUUCUUCAAGAAGAAGUACUCGGACGUGGUCGGCCCAGAAUACGCUCACCAGUACAAGACGGGUGUGUACCUGGCUGCGUCGGCGUCGGCCGAGCUCAUUGCCGAUGCGGCCUUGUGCCCCUUUGAAGCGGUCAAGGUCCGUAUGCAGACGACCAUCCCGGCGCAAUACAAGGGCACUUUUGAUGGCAUCAGCCAGAUAAUGGCCAAGGAGGGUGCGUCGGGGCUUUACAAGGGUAUCUAUCCUUUAUGGGGGCGACAGAUACCCUACACUAUGAUGAAGUUUGCAUCGUUCGAGACAAUCGUCGAGAUGAUAUAUGACAGACUACCUCGUGCCAAGGACGAAUACAGCAAGCUCGCACAGACCGGCGUAUCUUUUACCGGUGGCUACCUCGCCGGUAUCCUUUGCGCUGCUGUUUCGCAUCCGGCAGACGUCAUGGUCAGCAAGCUGAACGUCUAUCGUGAGCCAGGCGAGGCAGUGGGCGCAGUGCUAUCGAGGGUUUAUGGAGAUAUCGGAUUCCGCGGACUCUGGAACGGACUUCCAGUCAGGAUCGUGAUGGUGGGCACGCUGACUGGCUUGCAGUGGAUGAUAUAUGACUACUUCAAGAUCUUCAUGGGCUUUCCCACGACUGGUGGCUCGGCAAAGCCGAAAAAUGAGUAAACUGUGGUGAUUUUCGCACGCAUUUGCAUGCCUGAAAGCCAACUGAUGGCACUUCCGCCAAGGAUAAAAUGUACUUUUGUUUGUUUUUGUUUCUGAUUGCUGGCAGGCCCGUGGAAUCGUUGACAGCUCGCUGGGGUGUCACUUGGCAAGCAUAUCGGACUGAAUAGGUUGGUAGCAUCCAUACUGUUGGGUUGUGUACAGCUUCAAAGGUACUAGCCGAAUGUCAUGCGAGACGUACCGUACCUCGUAAUUCACUUAGCAAAACUGGUCAAAGCCAAGAUUCUCAUCAUUGGGGCCACAAGGAAGUGAGGAAGCGACCCAAUAACAAUGAGAUAACUCCGGUCGUUUUUCGGAGAGGUUUAUGCGAGUAUCCUCGAAGUGCGUACA